CUUCCCCAUCAAAUAACUCCAAAUUCUUAUCUUCCAUCAAAAUCAAAUUCUCUCUUGUCAAAUUUUUCUGGUGAAAAUGUCAGGCCGUGGUAAGGGAGGCAAGGGAUUGGGCAAAGGAGGAGCCAAGCGUCACAGGAAGGUUCUUCGGGAUAACAUCCAGGGCAUCACCAAGCCUGCCAUUCGCCGUUUGGCUCGCAGAGGCGGCGUCAAGCGUAUCUCCGGUCUCAUCUACGAAGAGACCAGAGGUGUCCUCAAGAUCUUUCUCGAGAACGUCAUCCGUGACGCCGUCACUUACACUGAGCACGCGAGGAGGAAGACCGUCACCGCCAUGGAUGUCGUCUAUGCUCUCAAGAGGCAAGGAAGGACUCUUUACGGAUUUGGGGGUUAAAUCAGUGUUGGGUUGGUUCCAGGAUUUGGGUUUAGAUCUGGGUGUAAUGAAUACUCUGUGGUUGAGUUUUCUGUUCAUGUAAUUUGCACCUUUAUAAGUAAUGGAAGUUUAAUUUCUCAGUAAA